AUGAGAAACAUAAAAGAAAGCUUAUUUUAUGUCAAAAUAAAACCAUGUAUUGAAAAAUAUUUACCAAAUUACACUAUUGAAGAAAAUAUAAAAUUCGAAUCUACUUUUGAAUUUACUUAUGGUAAUAGCGGAUUUAGAGAUAAAUAUGAAACAAAAUCUUGUGAUUUAUUAAAUGCUUUAAAUAAAAGUGGAAUAUUUAUAGGAUUGUUAUUUAUUAAAUAUAAUUAUGAAAUAAGUAAAAAGUAUAAGUUAUUGGAUUUUAAUUCAUUAGAUGAAAAGAAAGAAUAUUUUAAUUUACAGAGUGCAGAAAAUAUUAAGUGGAACAAUGUAGGAAUUAUUAUAACAGCAUCUCAUAAUCCUCAUAAUGAAAAUGGAGUAAAAAUAUUAGACUAUAAAGGAAGACAAAUAAAUGAAGAAUAUGAGUAUUAUUUAAUGGAUCUUGUAAAUAGACAUUUAAGAUAUUUAGAGAAAAAUAAAAAAUGCACAAUUGAUGAUAUAGUGGAUAAUAUAAUUGAUUGCAUUGCACAUAUUUUUGAAAAGGAAACAGGUCUUAAUAUAUUUGAUAAUUACGUAUUUAAUAAUAUAAAAAAAUUAGAUGAUAUAAUUUAUAAAUGCAAUAUACAUAACACAUUAAAGGCAAAUAUAUGUAUAGGUUUCGACACUAGAAGUAGUGGAUUACCCUUAAAUAAUAUUAUUAUAGAAUCUUUAAAUUGUUUAAAUAUAUAUAAAUGCAUUAAUAAUAUGUGCUAUAUAACAACUCCAUGUAUGCAUUUUAUUAUUAAUUUUCUGAAUAAUAUUUUUGAUGAUAACAAGAUUAAUACUAAUAUUCUUACGAGUAACAACUAUUCAAUUCAUAAAAAGAAAAAUGAUUUGGAAUACCUAAAAAAAUUUAAAUUAAAAAAUAACAAUUUAAUCAAAAAUUUAUAUUAUUUUAAAUAUAGUGAUAAUACACUCAGUGGAGACUUAAAUAAAUUGCAUGCAGUAAAUAUAAACAAAGAAAUUUUAAAUAAUAAUUUGUAUCAAGAUAAUGAUGUUCAUUUAUAUGCAUAUAACAGUGAUAAGUUUUAUUUUGAUUAUUUUAUAUAUCUAUUUGAAGAUCUUUAUGAUUACUUAAACAAAACGUAUAAUGAAGUCUUAACGAACAACUGCAAAGAGGAAAAAAUAUAUGUUGAUUGUUCAAAUGGUGUAGCAAGUCUGAAAAUUGAUAAUUUUAAGAAUAUAUUCAAUAUUUUAAAUAAAAAAAUAAUAAAAAUAAAUUAUAUAAACGAUGAAGAUAGUAUUUUAAAUUUUAAUUGUGGUUCUGAAUAUGUAUACAGCAAAAAAAAAGUACCUAUUAAUUCUCCAUUGGAAGAAAUAAAUUGUAAAUUUUGCACUUUUGAUGGAGAUGCAGAUAGGAUUCUUUAUUUCUUUUUAGAUAAUGAUAAAAAUGAUUACAAUAAUUUUACAAAUAAUCCUAAUGUAAAAAAUACUUUAAUUAAUAAUUCUUUUAACGAAAAUAAAAAUAAAGAUAAUAAUAUUGUUAUUUUAGAUGGUCCCAAAAUAAUUUGUUUAUUUUUAAAUUGCAUAAUCAAGAUGUUAUCACAUAUUAAGAUAAAUAAGGAAGAAUUAAUUUCAGAGAAGAAUAUAGAAAAAAUAGAUAUUAAUAUAAUACAGACUGCUUAUGUAAAUACUUCUUUUAUAAAUUAUCUCAAUAAUAUGAAAAAGAAAGUAAGUGAAGAAAUAGAUAUAUUUCAAUAUAUCAAUAUAAAUAUUAUAUGUACAAAAACUGGAAUUAAAUAUCUUGAUAAUGUAGCACGAAAAUCUUCAAUAGGAAUAUUUUUUGAGCCCAAUGGACAUGGUACUAUAUACGCAGAUAUAAAUCAGUUGAAUGAAUGGUCAACAAAAUUAUGUAUUAAUAAGGAUACAUCAUUUAUAGCUUUAAAAAAAUAUCUGCUUUUUUUUAAUCAAACUGCAGGUGAUGCUAUAGUUGAUUUUAUAGCAAUUGAAUUGACUUUAUCCUAUUUAAAUUUAAAUAUAAAACAAUGGGAUAACUUUUAUAAGCCUUAUCCUUCUUUAUAUAUAAAUAUAAUGUGUCCAAAAUAUAUUCUGCAAAAAUUGAAACCUCAUCCGCAACAUGAACAUUAUCUAAUUGAACCAAAAUGUUUACAACGAAAAAUCGAUGAAAUAGUUAAUGAAGUAGACUCAAAAAAUGCUAGAUGUUUUAUUAGACCUUCAGGAACGGAAAACUUGAUUCGCAUAUUUGCUGAAGCAGAAACAAGUAAAAAAGUGAAUGAAAUUUUAGAGAAGGUAAAAGAAAUUAUCUCUCAAUAUUUAAAAGAAAACCAAAAAUUAUCUGAAUAA